GUAGUGGGGGAAAAGGAAGUUCCGCGCAGGCGCACAUCAUUCUUCGGAAUAAAGAAUACACCAGAAUUGUGCAGUCGAGACGACACUUCUGUGUCCGUUUCAAAUAUAUUACUACUGGUAUGUAAUAGCACGUUAUAAUAUCGAAAGAACAUGUCAUAACAGGCUAGGUAACAAAUACGUCAAGUUAUUAUGACGUUUUGAUAAAGGUUUUAUGUGCUAUUUUUAUGUCAAACCGCAUGAGUGAACGUGAUUACUUUUUUUUACAAGUCACGUAGAGACUUUGGUUUAGUCUGAGUGGAUGUUUAUCAUUUCGUCAAGGUCAUUUCAUAAAGGAUAAUUUUUUUUAGAUUUCCGGGUUCGUUUUACAUGUCAUUUUUGGUUUUGUGUAAAAUUCACGAGCUGGUAAAAUGGCGGAUCCCACUCGGUCUGCAUCGACGUACUUCAGUGUAGGCACUGAGGGUGCAACAGAAAGACAAUUUUGUGGUUGCACUACUGUUUUGGAGCUAAAUGUAAUUAUUAUCAAUUUUUUUACACGUGUAUUUACAGUUGUGUAGCCUAAUUUUAAAGUGUAUAAUUUGUCUAAUAUUUAUUAAUUCAUGUUUUGUCAAUGCUUAGUUACCAGAUCUAUUGAAAUGAGAUCAGUGCUCGACUUGGACAGGAGCUCACUGGAGCUGAGUACCGUCACCUCAAAUUUCUAGUGUUUGAGCUCAUGUUCCUCUUAUAAAAUAUUAGCUCAACAGUAUUGUGGAGCUCCUGCAGCUAAAUAUCAACAUUAACGGCACCUAUUUCAGUUCAAGUCAAGCACUGAAUUAGAUAAUUGAACAGGAUAAAAUGAAAAAUGACAGUGGAGCCCAGUUUGCUCUGCAGGAUCCAGAGAUGGCAUCAGUGAAGCUGGAAGACUGCAGUCAAACACUGGAGCUGAAUGUCAACAUUAAAGAUGACGAAGAGGAAGAGAAGAUUGGGAAAUCUGUUUCUCAUGGAGACCACGUUGAGACAUUCUCUACAUCCAGAGAGCAACAGAGGGAAGAUCACAGAGCUAACAGGUCUCACCACUGCCCACAUUGUGAGGAGAUUUUCCCAAUUCUAUCAAAGCUAAAAAUACACCAAAAAAUACACACAGGACAGAAUCCGUAUUCCUGUACUGACUGUGGGAAGAGAUUCACAACAUCAGGGAAUCUGACGGUUCAUCAGAGAGUGCACACUGGAGAGAAGCCUUACUCCUGCUCUGACUGUGGGGCGAGUUUCUCUCGACUGGGCCACUUAAAAACACAUGAACAUAUACAUACAGGAGUGAAGCCUUACUUCUGCUCUGAUUGUGUAAAAUGCUUCACAACAUCAGCUGAGCUAAAAGUUCACCAGAGAACACACACAGGAGAGAAGCCUUUCUUCUGCUCUGACUGUGGAAAGAGUUUCUCUCAACUUUCCCACUUAAAAACACAUGAACUUAUACAUACAGGAUUGAAGCCUUACUCCUGCUCUGACUGUGUAAAAUGCUUCACAACAUCAGCUGAGCUAAAAGUUCAUCAGAGAACACACACAGGAGAGAAGCCUUUCUUCUGCACUGACUGUGGAAAGAGUUACUCUGUACUGUGCAACUUAAAAACACAUGAACGUAUACAUACAGGAGUGAAGCCUUACUCCUGCUCUGACUGUGGAAAGAGUUUCUCUCGACUGGACAUCUUAAAAACACAUGAAAGUAUACAUACAGGAGUGAAGCCUUACUCCUGCUCUGACUGUAUAAAAUGCUUCACAACAACAGCUGAGCUAAAAGUUCACCAGAGAACACACACUGGAGAGAAACCUUACUCCUGCUCUGACUGUGGAAAGAGUUUCCCUCUACUGAGAACCUUAAAAACACAUGAACAUAUACAUACGGUAGUGAAGCCUUAUUCCUGCUCUAAUUGUGGAAAGAGUUUUUCUCAACUGGGCCACUUGAAAACACAUGAACGUAUACAUACAGGGGAGAAGCCCUACUCCUGCUGUGACUGUGUAAAAUGCUUCAAAACAUCAGCUGAGCUAAAAGUUCAUCAAAGAACACACACAUCAGAGAAGCCUUGCUCCUGCUCUGACUGUGGGAAGAGUUUUUCUCGACUGGACCUCUUAAAAACACAUGAACGUAGACAUACAGGAGUGAAGCCUUACUCCUGCUGUGACUGUGUAAAAUGCUUCAAAACAUCAGCUGAGCUAAAAGUUCAUCAGAGAACACACACAGGAGAGAAGCCUUACUCCUGCUUUGACUGUGGAAAGAUUUUCUCUCAACUGGGCCACUUAAAAACACAUGAACGUAUACAUACAGGAGUGAAGCCUUACUCCUGCUCUGACUGUAUAAAAUACUUCACAACAUCAGCUGAGCUAAAAGUUCAUCAGAGAACACACACAGGAGAGAAGCCUUACUCCUGCUCUGACUGUUGAAAGAGUUUCUCUGGAAUGUGUCAGUUAAAAAGA